CCUCCCAAGGAGAUUCUCUCUCUCUCUGUCUCUGUUUCCCCGUUUCGUCUCUCCGGUCGUCGGCCGAUCGAUCGUUGUCCGGCGGGGCUCACCGUCCUGAUUCGGCCAGGUGAGGGCCUGUUCUCUGGAUCCGGGAUCCAGUUGGCCUCUCUGGGAUUCCUUUCGACCGUGAUCAAAGUACGUGGGGGCACGUAAAUGCACCGCCGCGGUCUUAUGGAUACGAGAUCCUUGUCGUGCUUUUGGUAAAAGAAAAUGGAUCACAAGUUGCAAGUCGGCGAGCGACCUCAAAUCGAAAUGGGAUCGCUCCAGGAAAGAUCUGCCCAUGAUUUUGAGGAUAAAAGCGCAUCCAGCACGUCGAAAGUCUUUCAGAAGAUGAGUUCUUUUCAUGCAGCCGAACAAGGGCCAUUUUCAGGAACUUCUCGAGUUGGAGGAGUUAACAUGUUCAGUUGUGCGUGCAGAAGUAUAAAGAUAGUUGUCUUCUCAAAUAAACUCAACUUGCUCAUGCCAUUUGGCCCCGUAGCCAUCUUGGUUCAUAAUUUGACUGGCCAUCAUGGUUGGGUUUUCUUUUUCAGUUUACUGGGUAUUACACCUUUGGCCGAGCGUUUAGGUUAUGCUACAGAGCAACUGGCUUUCUACACUGGUGCUACAGUUGGCGGUCUGUUGAAUGCAACUUUUGGAAAUGCAACCGAAUUGAUUAUAUCAAUACAUGCACUGAGGAGCGGAAUGAUCAGGGUGGUUCAGCAGUCAUUACUGGGUUCAAUCCUUUCAAAUAUGUUGCUUGUCCUUGGUUGUGCAUUCUUCUCCGGUGGGCUUGUUUACAUGAAGAAGGAACAGGUUUUUAACAAGUCAACUGCUGUCGUAAACUCAGGGUUGUUACUGAUGGCUGUCAUGGGUUUACUUUUUCCUGCUGUCCUUCACUACACACACAGUGAGGUGCACUUUGGGAAGUCAGAACUGGCUCUCUCGAGAUUCAGCAGCUGCGUCAUGCUAAUUGCAUAUGCUGCCUAUCUCUUUUACCAGUUGAGGAGUCAAUCAAAUCAAUAUGUCCCUCUCAAUGAGGAAGUGAGUCCAAGUGGGGAGAGUGCAGAGGAUGACGAUGAGUCCCCAGAAAUCACCAAGUGGGAAUCUAUAAUCUGGCUUGCAGUAAUGACUGCUUGGAUCUCAUUUUUAUCAGACUAUUUGGUUGAUGCCAUAGAGGGGGCAUCCUCAGCCUGGAAAGUACCUAUUGCAUUUAUUAGUGUGAUAUUACUUCCUAUCGUAGGUAACGCAGCAGAACAUGCAAGCGCUAUAAUGUUUGCGAUGAAAGACAAACUUGAUAUAUCUCUGGGAGUGGCUAUAGGAUCAUCAACUCAAAUUUCUAUGUUUGGGAUACCCUUUUGUGUGGUUGUUGCAUGGAUAAUGGGGCUCCCUAUGGACUUGAAUUUCCAACUCUUUGAAACGGCAGUUCUUUUCAUUACCGUAUUAGUUGUGGCCUUCUUGCUCCAGGAAGGAACUUCUAAUUACUUUAAAGGGUUGAUGCUAAUACUUUCCUAUGUGAUCGUCGCUGCCAGUUUCUUUGUUCAUGUUGAUCCAACCAAAGAUGAUAAACAAUAGUGAUAUAGGGAGAUUACGAGGUUGGAUGUUCAGAAGCGCACGCUUUAAUAUGAAUCUAGAUACGCCACUUUCGGCCUUACAUAUCUCCAGCUCCUGCCGGUGGGUGUUCAGUAUAGUCUCCUUCGAUCGAGCAUAUCAGCCGGAUUUUGUUUCAGCAAUUCCUUCAUCUUAUAUUUAAGAUCAGGAAGAAUUGUCGGUAGGGAAGUCCGAAACUAUUUCGCUUCUUGUCCGAUGUCAGUCGCAUGCACAAGUCAACCUUGAUUGCAACAAAAGCAAUUGAGACCCAUCACAAACUGAUUGGAUCAGUUCAUGAAAGGUCUCCUUUUCUUUUUCUAUCUCAAUUUUUUUUUAUCUUGUUACUCUAAUCACGGAAUGGCUCCGUACAAGUUGGUUUUGUACAGUUACCUAUUUUUCGUUUUCUUUUGGUAACAUAGAGAAUUUAAAGAUACGGGCGGCGGAAUAAUGGUUUGAGACGUUCACAUGUUUAGAGAUACAUAAGUCAAUUUGAUGUAAUUUACAUCACUUAAUUUUGCCCAUGUAAUGAAAUUCGGAAGUUAUUCGCAA